AAAAAACAGAAGACUUGUUUGCUGACCAAUGACUUGAUGACUCAGUCAGGAGUCAGGAGCAUUUGAUCACAAAAAGACGUGUAAUCAUCCCGUUGGCUGCAGAUAUUUCCUUUUUGUGCUUAGUUGCCUAUUCUUCUAUAUAAAAAAAAGUAAAACACCGCUAUGGUCUUUAAUUUUUUUUUUGAUCAAAGGUCUCUUUAAUUAAGUGUACCUUUUUAACCCACCAAAGGACUGAAGAGAUCCUGAGGAUGGCCGGCGGAGGAUUUGCGACGGCUCCGGCAAACGGUGUGGAGUUUGAGGCAAAGAGUACUCCUAUAGUCAUCAUCUCUUGCAUCAUGGCUGCAACCGGUGGCCUCAUGUUCGGCUACGAUGUCGGUGUCUCCGGUGGAGUGAUAGCGAUGCCAGAAUUUUUGAAAAAGUUUUUCCCGGUGGUCUACGGAGAGCUGAAAGCCGGCGCCAAGAAAAACAACUACUGCAAAAGUAACAACCAAGGACUACAACUCUUCACAUCAUCUCUGUACUUAGCCGGUCUAACCGCAGCGUUGUUCGCUUCAUACACGACGAGAACACUUGGACGAAGGCCAACCAUGCUCAUAGCUGGCGUGUUCUACAUCAUCGGUGUGGUUCUCAAUGCUGCCGCACAAGACUUAGCCAUGCUUAUUACAGGCCGGAUAUUGCUUGGUUGUGGAGUUGGGUUCGCUAAUCAAGCCGUCCCGUUGUUCUUGUCGGAGAUUGCACCCACAAAGAUCCGAGGUGGUCUUAAUAUUCUGUUUCAGCUUAACGUCACUUUUGGUAUCCUCUUCGCCAAUCUUGUCAACUACGGCACCGCUAAGAUUAAAGGAGAAUGGGGAUGGAGGCUGUCACUUUGUUUGGCCGGAAUCCCAGCGCUUCUACUGACUGUGGGAGCUUUAUUGGUGACGGAGACACCGAACAGUCUCGAUGAAAGAGGUCGUUUCAAUGAAGGCAAAGCCGUUCUCCGUCAGAUUCGAGGCACCGUUAAUGUGGAACCAGAGUUCGCUGUUCUCCUUGAAGCUAGCAGCCUUGCCAAAGAAGUCAAACACUCUUUCAGAUACCUUCUUCAACGCAGGAACCGGCCUCAUCUCAUCAUCGCCGUUGCCUUGGAGAUUUUCCAGCAAAGCACUGGAAUCAACGCCAUUAUGUUCUAUGCUCCUGUUCUUUUCAGCACUUCAGGCUUUGGGAGUGACGCGUCUCUCUACUCUGCAGUGCUCACCGGUGCAGUCAACGCCUCCACUCUAGUCUCUAUCUACUUCGUUGAUAAAGUCGGUCGUCGUGUUCUUCUUCUUGAAGCUGGAGUCCAGAUGUUCUUCUCUCAGCUCGUGAUCGCCAUUGUCCUCGGCAUGAAAGUCACAGACCACUCUAAUAACCUUUCCAAAGGGUUUGCGGUUCUGGUUGUGGUGAUGAGCUGUACCCAUGUAGCUGCUUUCGCCUGGUCUUGGGGACCGCUCGGUUGGCUAAUCCCCAGUGAAAUUUUCCCUCUGGAGACACGUUCCAUGGGGCAGAGUGUGACGGUCUGUGUCAACUUGCUCCUCACUUUCAUUAUAGCUCAGGCUUUCCUCUGGAUGAUGUGUCAUUUCAAGAUUGGGAUAUUCAUCUUCUUUUCUUCGUGGGUCUUGGUCAUGACUCUGUUUGUUGUGUUCCUCCUUCCUGAAACCAAGAACGUACCUAUCGAGGAGAUGAGGGAGAGAGUGUGGAAGAAGCACUGGUUCUGGGCUAGGUUCAUGGAUGAUCAAAAUGUAAUCGGUUAGAAGAGUAACAACAGGUGAUUAACAAUACACCAGAUAGAUAUAAGAAAAGAUAAUUCCACUAAAUAUACAUUCCA